AUGAGGGUCAGCUCGCCCUUCAAAUCCUCGCCCAGCAAGGCGAAACAGUCCCGCUUUAAGGAUGAGGACGGCUGCUUUACGCAUCGUCUCCCGGAGACACCACCAAACCCGGUACGGAACUACUAUAUCAUGGAUACAGACAUCUCACCGUUCCCUGACAAGAAGACACUAACCCGUAAGGUAACUCAGCCCCCGGGUCGCAAACGAUUCAGCCCCAUCAAGACCAGAACGUCCAAGAAACAGCUCGCCCAGCAACAACACCCCCUGUGUCCCACCCCAGCGGCAGCAGCAAUCACACAACCCCGAUCCCGAAAGAGCAGCAGCUCGUACAGAAGACCCCUCCUAAGUCACCAACAGUCGCGGACGGCGUCCAGUUCCACGACCCACCACCAUAGGAUCUACCUACCGGAGAGCAUUUCAUUUACUCACCAGCGGCAAAACACGCUGUGCGCUGAGGAUGAGGACGAGGACGAUGACGAUGAAGAACAAGCAGAAGAGGAGCCGUCGCCGUGCGUAGAGAUUGUCUCCCGCAAGGCCACGGCCAAAAAGCUCGGGCUGGCGUCGCGGGUGAGGCGGCGGCUGCAGUUUGCGACGGCGGCGUCGGCGAUGAGUAGUCCAAAGGGGUGGAUGGCGCCAAACAAGAGGAAGAAGAAAGAUGGGAAAGAGUCGAUGCGUAAAGGGUUUCAGAGGUUGGGCACGGCGGAGGGGUCGCCGGAGGAUGUGUUUCGAGAUUAUCUGAGGGAAGGGUUGGUUUGUGGGUCGUGA